AUGUCUAGAAAAAAGAUUAAAUGUUUUGAUUAUUUUGAACAAAAGCCUUCAAAAUGGGACAUUAUAGAGUUUUUAAAAGUAUGCGACCUUGAACCAUUCAAAAAGAAGAAAAAACUUAAAUUGAGCAAAAUAAGUGGUGGAUCUUCAAUUCAUAUCUACAACUCAACAUUAUUGGGAAACUCAUUGUCAGGAAACUCUCUAAGGAUUGGGAUCGUUGCUUGUACUGUUAAUGUUGAGUCUGGGAGUGAAAGAAAUAAAUUGGUAGGAAAAGAAACUAGUAAACUCCCAUCAGAAUCAAAUAUAGAUUCAGAUUACAGAGAGAAAUCAGAGGGCGAAAAGAAGAUCACUGGAUCCUUAAAUGACUCUUCCAAUCACUUUCCUGAACAUAUCGAUAGUAGUGAAAACAAGAAUGACAAGAGUGGAAGUGAAGCAAUUGUCUUCGAGUUGGAUGAAUUAAAAAAAGCGGAUAGAGUCUCAAUCAAGAAACGAGGUGUGCAAUAA